CGGGGAUGUAGCUCAGAUGGUAGAGCGCUCGCUUAGCAUGCGAGAGGUACGGGGAUCGAUACCCCGCAUCUCCAUUUUUGAUUUUGGGAUUUACGAUUAAUCGAUCGAUCACGAUUGCUAGGGGCGGUCUUAUCAUAUAUUGGUCUAGAAUUUUGGAAAUUCAUGUGUCUUGGCUUGUGAAAUAUUACAAUGAUUGAUUCACUGUUAGAUAAAAGUUGUAGUUCUUUAGCAGCAACGCAUUCAAUAGUAACACCGCUUCUGCCACUCCAAGUUCUGGCAAUGACAGAGGAAGGGCUUUUGAUACAAGAAAUGAUAGAGAAAGAACAAAAGGGCGUGGUGGCGGCGGUGCGAGUGGCUUAGAAGUUAAUAGACUGCCGCCUUUUCUCUUUCUUUUCCUUUCUACCCUUCCUUCUAUACACAUUUUGGAGGCUUAUCUUACUCCUGUAUUUUCAAAGGACCUCUAUAGCUUGAAUGCUGUUUCCUUCUUCAAUAUUUGUUUAUCUAGUUACUAAUAUGAACUCUUAACUGUAAUGUUAAUUUCAUACGACUUUGCUGAAGAAAAACAUUUUAUCCUAAAGUAUCUCAUAGUUAUCCUCAGGCUGUUCGAAAAGAUAAUAAGCAACGUUUCAGCCUCAUAGAAGAGAACAUGGAGCUACUAGUACGUGCAAACCAAGGCCACACAACAACGAGAAAGAAAUUGAGCACAAGUCUUGAUCAGAGAAAUACCUAAAAUUUAAGAUACACAAAUUCAAACGAUGGCGGGUGGAGUUUUAGUUGCUUCAAAAAAUGGAAGGCAAUAUGAGGGGAAGGUUACAAUGUUUGUUUUGGUCACAUGUUUGGUGGCAGCCAUGGGAGGUCUACUUUUUGGUUAUGAUCUUGGUAUUACAGGAGGAGUGACUUCCAUGGAACCAUUCUUGGUUAAGUUCUUCCCCGGUGUUUACAAACAAAUGAAAGAUGAAUCUGGACACGAGAGCAUGUAUUGCAAAUUUGAUAAUGAGCUCCUUACUUUGUUCACAUCUUCCUUGUAUCUUGCAGCUUUAAUAGCUUCUUUCUUUGCUUCCACAACUACAAGGAUGUUAGGACGCAAGGCCUCAAUGUUUACGGGUGGCUUGUUUUUUCUUACUGGUGCAUUGCUUAAUGGUUUUGCUGUCAAUAUAGAAAUGCUUAUCAUUGGUCGUAUAUUACUUGGCUUUGGUGUAGGAUAUUGUAAUCAGUCCGUUCCAGUGUAUUUGUCUGAAAUGGCUCCAGCAAAGAUUAGAGGUGCACUCAACAUGGGCUUCCAAAUGAUGAUCACUAUUGGAAUCCUAGGGGCAAACAUUAUUAACUACUUUACUUCCAAUCUUGAGAGUGGAUGGAGAAUUUCUUUGGGUGUCGGAGCUGUCCCUGCAAUUUUGUUGUGUAUAGGAUCUUUUUUCUUAGGUGACACACCAAACUCUAUGAUUGAAAGGGGUCAAAAAGAAGGAGCUAAGAAAAUGUUGCAAAAGAUUCGUGGCAUUGAUAAUGUCGAUGAAGAAUUCCAAGAUCUAAUUGAUGCUAGUGAGGAAGCCAAAAAGGUGGAACAUCCAUGGAAGAAUAUUACACAAUCGAGAUACAGACCUCAACUAACAUUUUGUUCUCUCAUUCCAUUCUUUCAACAACUCACAGGCAUCAAUGUUAUCAUGUUUUAUGCCCCUGUCCUUUUCAAAACUUUGGGCUUUGGAAGCGAUGCUUCCCUCAUGUCCGCAGUAAUUAGCGGAGGUGUCAAUGUUGUUGCUACUUUUGUUUCCAUCUUCAUUGUGGACAAGUUUGGAAGAAAGAUUUUGUUUCUUCAAGGUGGUGUCCAAAUGUUUAUUUGUCAGAUUGUUGUUGGAAGCAUGAUUGCUGCUAAGUUUGGAGUUAACGGUGAAGGCUCAAUUAAAGCUUAUGAAGCUAAUCGUCUUCUGUUCUUCAUAUGCGCGUAUGUUGCCGCAUUUGCAUGGUCUUGGGGUCCAUUGGGAUGGUUAGUUCCUAGUGAAAUAUGCUCUCUUGAGGUUCGCUCUGCAGGUCAGGCUACCAAUGUUGCUGUGAACAUGUUGUUCACCUUUGUCAUUGCUCAAGUUUUUCUAGCUAUGCUUUGUCACUUGAAGUUUGGACUUUUCUUCUUCUUUGCUGGCUUUGUGCUUAUAAUGACAGUUUUCAUUUUCCUGUUUUUUCCCGAGACAAAUAAUGUCCCAAUUGAAGAAAUGAAUACAGUGUGGAAGUCUCAUUGGUUUUGGACCAAGUUUGUUUCAGAUGUUGAUGUUGAUGUUGAUCAUGACCAUAAGCUCGUUGCUUAAUUUCAAUAUUAGAAAAAUCUCGGGGCCUAGACAGUAUAUAUAAUAAUUUCAGCUAAUUCUAUCUGAUGUUGUUAUAGUCA